AUGACAUCUGUGAGAAGGAGAAAGAUGAAUAAGUCUUCCGUUGGGAAGGCUACCAGGAGGAAUAAGGACCGUCAAAGAAAGAUAAAUAUUGCAAGUAAUCCUAUCAUCGCUGCCAAUUGGGACUACAACCUUACUUUGAAGCAAAAUUAUAAAAGAUUAGGUCUUACAGCUCAAUUACAGAAGCCUGCUGGUGGUGAAGAGGCAGACUAUAGUAAAGAUCAGAGAAAGGAGCCACUAGUCAAACCUGAGAUAGAGGAUGAAAGCGAUGAAGACGAUGAGGAUAAGCAAGAGGAGGAAGAAAAUGACAAGUCUGACGAUGAGGAGGAGUUUGAUGCAUCUAAGAUCCCUGAAGGUGAGGCCCGAAUUAAACGUGAUGAAAAUGGUAACGUUUUAGAGGUGAUUUACGGUCAAAAGAAGAACUUUGAUCCUUCUGAAGAUGAACAACAGAAUGAAAAUCAAGCUGAUAAUGAAUCCGCCAAGACUGAAGUGGUUAGACAGUUAGAAGAAAUAGCAAAUGCACCAAGGGCAAAGAAGGAAAGAGAUAUGAGUGCACGUGAAGAAGAAUGGUUAGAAAGGCUUUACAACAAACAUGGAGAUAACUACAGAAAGAUGUUCUUUGACAAUAAAUUGAACAUAUACCAGCAGAGUGAAGGUGAUCUAAGAAAAAGAAUACGUGCAUGGAAAAAGAAGCACAACAUUGAAUAG